GAGAGCUCCCUUCCGGGAGGAGGGCAAUUAAUAACCCGGAAGCGAUCACCAGUGCGGCGCUGUUUAAAGAUGGCGGCGGAGGAACCUCAGCAGCAGAAGCAGGAGUCGCUGGGCAGCGACUCCGAAGGUGUUAACUGUCUGGCCUAUGAUGAAGCCAUUAUGGCUCAGCAGGACCGAAUUCAGCAAGAGAUUGCUGUGCAGAAUCCUCUUGUGUCAGAGCGAUUGGAACUCUCAGUCCUGUACAAGGAGUAUGCUGAGGAUGACAACAUCUACCAACAGAAGAUCAAGGACCUCCACAAAAAGUACUCAUACAUCCGGAAGACCAGGCCUGACGGCAACUGCUUCUAUCGAGCGUUCGGCUUCUCCCAUUUGGAGGCACUGCUGGAUGACAGCAAGGAACUGCAGCGGUUCAAAGCCGUGUCCGCCAAGAGUAAAGAGGACCUGGUGUCCCAGGGCUUCACUGAAUUCACAAUCGAGGACUUCCACAACACGUUCAUGGACCUUAUCGAGCAGGUGGAGAAGCAGACCUCAGUAGCUGACCUGCUGGCCUCCUUCAACGACCAGAGCACCUCAGACUACCUUGUGGUCUACCUGCGACUGCUCACCUCUGGCUACCUGCAGCGGGAGAGCAAGUUCUUCGAGCACUUCAUAGAGGGUGGCCGGACUGUUAAGGAGUUCUGCCAGCAGGAGGUGGAGCCCAUGUGCAAGGAGAGCGACCACAUCCACAUCAUCGCCCUGGCCCAGGCCCUCAGCGUGGCCAUCCAAGUGGAGUACAUGGACCGCGGGGAGGGCGGCACCACCAACCCGCACGUCUUCCCCGAGGGCUCCGAGCCCAAGGUCUACCUUCUGUACCGACCUGGACACUACGAUAUCCUCUACAAAUAGGGCCGGCUGGCCUAUUGUGCCCUGCCUGCCUCCCCCUGCCAGGCGCUAGACAUGUACAGAGGGUU